AUGGAUGGUCUUUUAGGGUCAACACGUGGACUUGGCAUCAAAUACGGGCUUGGUGGCAGUUCUCUAGGGUCAUCCAAUGAAGUUGUACAAAUCCGUUUACAAGGUGACUCCUAUCCAGAUGGUGAUUCUUUGGGAGCAGCUGGUGUUGACAUGUUUGGUGGACUAGCUGGCUAUGGUGGCGUUUCUUCUUCCGGUGUGCCGUAUUAUGUGGAUUCAAUGAGUGGGAAUUCAGGUCUGUGUAGUGGUGGUGGUGCUGGUGGAGUGCUGGGAUUCGAUGAUGAGCUAGGUCAUUCAGGACUAGACAGUAAUGAACUUGUCCAACUUUUGGGUGGCAGCCAAGCUAUUGCCCAACUAUCAGAUAGCCAACUAGAAGAGCUGGGUCGCGCACAAUUCACCAUUGUAGAUCCCAGGACUGAUAGUGAAUUGGCCAACUGCCCGCUAAGUUUAUCUGUGGAAGAAGAUGAUCGACCUUUGGAUGAAGAAGAAAUGCUUUAUUUGACCAAAGCAAAAAAUUUAGAUCGUGUUCGUGUUCUAUCUGUACCCGCUUCUGGAUAUACAAGUAUAAAUGCUAGUCAUUUGGCAAAAUGUAUCAACCUAUGUGAAUUGGAUUUAUCAGAGAAUGCUUUACGUGUAUUUCCUAGACGUUUACAUUUACCCCAAUUAACAAAACUUAGUAUUACAGGGAAUAGAUUUAUACACUUACCGCUAGUUGAACAAUUCCCUAAACUAACUCGAUUGAAUUUAGACGAAAAGUUGAAACAAUUAUUAAAUCCACAAAUGUUAGCUUACUUCUGUCCAAAACUUAAAUAUAUCAAUGGGAUAUACUUUGAAGAGAUGCUAACUGAUUUCACUGUUCGUAUUAUUCAAGAAGCUAGAUCAAUGAUAGAACCAAUUAUACGUUCAAAGUGGGAAACAGAUUUUGCUGAUCGUUUUCCUUUCGUGAAGAAUCGAGAGGAACGUAUGGCAUUGAUUGGAAGCAUGAUUCAGCUUAUAAGGGAGCGUAAUCUAUUAGUUAGUGAAGCUUUAAGCAAAUAUAAAGAUUUAUUGCUCUUUCGAUCGAUUGACGAAUUUCUACGAUCUAAACUGUACGAUGUAGCUGGGGCAGAACUGUUGAAUGCAGUUGAUUCUCUUGAUAAUGACAAGUUAGUGACUUCAACUACCAACCAUAUUACUGAUAUUAAUAGUAGUAGUACUACUACUGAAACAAUAAAAACUACUUCAGGUGUUACUACAAAUGGACUUGUUAAAUCAGGUGAAUAUUCUAAUGACAAUCAUACUUUAACUGGAACUUCAGGAAUAACUAAUAAUGAGUUGGUCAAUUCAACUGAUUGUACUAUUAAUAUUAGUGCUAUUCCUGCUGCUGGUGCUACACAACAAAAAAGUUCUGAUUCAAUUCAUUUGAGCACUAAACUGUCUGUAUGCGAUUUCGAAUCUGAUGAUGCACAUGAUGAAGAUGAAGAGGAGAAAGAAGCAACUGCACGUGCUGCAAAUGAAUGCGCAUUAUUUGACGCUGCAGAUGAUUUGUUAGGUACACAUUUACCAGAUUUACAAUUAUUAUGUCAAAGUGCUAAUCAAUUACAAACAACCUUUUUUGUUGAUUCAAUGGGUCGUUUACAUCAACAACAAGUACUUCUUACACCGAAUGGUGCUUGUCAAUUAGGUUUACCAACUACAAAUGGAUUAUCAAAUUAUCAAUUACACUUAGGACGUUCUUUACGUCAAGGUCGAUCGAUUGUUAUGACUGUUGUACGUCCACGUGGUGUUAGUGGUCGACCAGUAGCUGAAUUUUUACCCGGUGAACUACGUAACAAAGACUAUGUCAAAGGCUAUAUGGCUUCUGAAAUCUAUAAAAAAGCUGUCAAAGAUACUUUAGGACAAAAAGCAACUCCUAAAAAGCGUACUGGAACUGGACGUAUUCGAAAGUCUGAUCAAGUCAAUCCAACCGUAGGCGAAAAAUCUUGGCCUGGAUCAACAACACCUGGUAUGAUUCCACUUGGUGAAGUUAAUUCUGAAACAGGAACUACUACUAAAAGAGUGGCGUUUGAUUUUGAUACGGGAGAGGAUGCAGGCAGUACAACAGGUGGUCUUCCUCCUCGACCAAAGAAAAGAAAGUCAAUGGGCAUGCAUAGAAGUUUAAGAGAUCUUUGUUCAGAUACAACUUUCUCAGCGGAUGCCUAUAAUUCAACGAAUACAACAACAGUAGGCGGUGGCCCACGAUCUGAUUCAACUCCUAUUGACUAUGAUCCAUUACACUUUAUACGUUGUCAUGCUAAAGAUAAUGAUGCUGGAGAUAGUGAAACAAAAGUUUGGCGUUGCCUUUUUGAACCAAAUCCCAUGCGACCAGAUGAAACAACUCAUGUUGUUGCCACUUGUGGCGGUGAAUGUGUUUGCUUGAUCAACUGUGAAACUGGAAAAGUUAUGAAGCGUUUUAAACAUAUGGAAGAGGAAUUUUACACUAUUGCAUGGACAACUGUUGAAGUGGAAGGCGGUAAACGUACCAAUAUAUUGGCUGCUGCUGGUCGUAUGCACGAGAUUAGACUACUUCAUCCAGAACAAUUAGUUUGUUAUGCUGAAAUGAAAGGUCAUACAGAAGAUGUAACAGCAAUGAUAUUUCAUCAGACACAGUCUACAGUUUUAUUCAGUGGGGAUUCUAAGGCAUCUGUUAUAGUCUGGGAUAUUGGAGUUCCUUCUGUACCAGACUAUAAAACACGAUAUCAACUACUGAUGCGUUUACGUUGUCCCAGAUUAGAUGUUAAUCCAGUUUUGAAUUUGGUCUUCCUUCCACACUAUGCUUAUUUAAUAGCUGGUUGUGAAGAUGGCUUAUUCGCUUGGAAGAUAACCGAUCUGCGUUUAGAGAAACGUGAACGUGAACCAGACAUGGAGUUAAAAUUGGACUUUAAUCAUGAAGUUUGCAUUGAUGCUUUAGCUCAAUUAAGUGAUAAUGCUUUAGUAUUGAAAGUGGUGGAGUCAGGCGAGAUUAUGGUGUUUGAUUUUGCAUCAAUUCUUGAACGACGUAAAGGUUUACAACGUCUUGUUCCAAUCGAAAUGAGAGGACAUUUAUUAUGGCAGAAAACAGAUGAAAUCUAUAUUAAUGUAUCUGUUAGACAAAAUCUUGGUGCUGUCCUUUGCGGUGACAAUGAAGGCUCAAUUUGGAUAUAUGAUUUAGAUCCUUAUUUAGAUGAUCUACACUCAUCUAGUCGUAAACGUUUCCAUGUUAAACCAAUUAAGAUUCUUGAAUGGCCAGAAUGCUCAGUUCAGGGGAAUCGUGAUGAAGAUCAACAACUCAAAGAAAGUAUUACAUCAGGUUUUCGAAAUCCUGUUGUCAAUUCAGUUGAAAUGAGCUCCGACGGUUAUUAUCUAGCUGCUGUGACUGAUAAUAAUCUUGUAUGUAUAUGGCGAUAUGCUCCACCGCAACAGCAACAACCACCGCCGCCACAACAACAACACUAUCCUCAAAUCGUUCAACAAACAACAACUUCAGCCUAUCAAAAUGUUCCGCAUACAAGCAACCAAUUAACCGUUCUUAAUAAUGCUAUUGUUACAGCUGCCGGUGUAAUUGAUGGUGCAUUGUCAACAAUUACAGACAUGGAUAUAUUGAACAACUCUUCUUCAACUGCAUUAGAAUCUAAUGUGAUAGGACUUGUUGCUGGUCAACAUUUGUUAGGAUAA